AUGGAUUUUGUUUCGCGAUAUCAGAGCCUCCAGAUCCAGCGAGUCUCGAGCGAUGAGUUGAUCAAGGACCUCCUUCUCUAUUGCGAAAGCGUCGAGAGGACACUCCGCGAGAAGAACACAGAGCUUGUCCAGCAACUAAACGAGACGCAGUUUGAUUUAGAGGAUGCCAAAAAUUCGAGGAGAGAGCUCCAGCAUCAUCUAAUAGAUAUUACCGAAACCAACGCCAGUUUAAAGGUGAAAGACUCGUCCUUGAACCGAAAUCUUUACGUCUUGGUGCUUAUUGAUGGCGAUGGCCUUAUGUUUCUGGGAGAAUUCCUUCGUCAGGGGAUAGAAGGAGGAAAGAAAGCGGCCUAUGCCCUGCGUGCCGAGAUAGCAGGGCUUUGCGGAAAGCCGGCCGACGACGUUGAAGUUAUUGCCAAAGUCUAUGCUAACCUUAACGGGCUCAGCAGGGCCAUGCAGCGGCAUGGCGUCGUUGAGAAGGAUUCGGACUUUAAGGACUUUACGCUGGGCUUCACGCAGGCCAAGGCGUCAUUCGACUUUGUCGAUGUUGGACAAGGAAAAGAACGAGCCGACUCGAAAAUCAAAGAGGCCACCAGGUGGAAUUUGCGCAAUCAUAACUGCAAGCAGAUUUUGUUAGGAAUCUCCCACGACUCGGGAUAUGCGCCGUUCCUGGACGAGAUACUCAACGAUGGAGAUGCCCGGAACCGCGUCACGGUCAUCGAGGGUGUUCCGGCGGUGCGUGAACUGCGCAACACCGGGGUCAACAUGAUCCAGAUCGACACCCUGUUUCGAAAGGAUAAGCUCCUUGACAAGCUGGUUGAUGGAAGGCCGGUCUCUCGACGACCGAGUCCGUUCGACCACGGGCCCGCAUCACCUACGAACGCAGCUCUUUUCCAUGGAUCAGCUGUCGCCGCCGCCGGGCCGACGAGUAGUCCCAUGACACCGUCAUCGUGGGCAGGCAUCACGGCCAACGCCAAUGUCAACGCCAGCACCAGCAUCAGCACCAGCGCUAGCCCGCCCCCGCAGAUAUUCCUCCCGUUGGUCCACAAGAAUGCGGCUGCGGCUGCGGCUGCGGCUGCAGCUGCGCAGGGCCGAAAAAGCGCACAGGUGGACGGUCCCGAGACGUCUGCUGCUGCUUGGAAUCCCGGACGUCGCGGGCUAGAUGAGCCCAUCGUGGCGAACCCGGUGGUCGUGGACGCCAUAAAGAAGAGAAAGGAGAGGUUAUGCAACAUCCACUACCUGAGGGGCUACUGCGGCAAGGGCAAUGACUGUUCUUUCGAGCACAGGUAUAGAGUGAGCGAUGAGGAGCUCAAGGCUCUGGCUCUGCUUGCGCGGUUCAAUCCUUGCGGCAAGAGACAGAACUGUGACCUCGAUUCCUGCAUUUAUGGCCAUCAUUGUCCCAGCGUCAAAGACGGCGUUUGCGUGCAUCCGUACUGCAAAUUUCGAGUGGCAGAUCACCCUCCCGACACGAGCUUCAAGAACAGAAACAUCAAAGAUAACUAGAUUGAUAAAAUAUUAUCGAUGAGAUGGCCAUGGGACACAGGAUAUGCUUUAUAUAGGUGUCCUCCCCGAAGGUCUUGGAUUUUCUCUCUUGAGAAUGAUUAGGAGAGCCAUUGAGGCUUGAAAAGAUUGGUCUGCGAAGUGAGAUAGAUGGUGGCCAAAUAACCAGCGAGAGGAGAGAAGGAGAGACGGAGACUGCGAGAUGGGUG